AUGGCGGAGGCAGCAGGCCCCAGAAGUAGCAGUAGAGGUGUGGGCAGUGGAGGGACUGGAGGAGUACGUGUCCCCCAGGAUCCCUCUCUCAAAGCUGGGGUGGUGUUAUCAGACGAGAGGGUGGACUUUAUACGGGAGCAGGCCUUCUGUGUGCUGCGAGUGAAGACCGACAAGUGGAACCGAUUCAUCGGAGCAGAGGAAAACCAGAAGGUGAUACUGGAUUACCUGGACCACAUCUGGACCAACAGACUGCUGCUGUACACCGGACCUGGAGGGACAUUGCAUGCAGGGGACGCACAGACAUCUCCACCAUGGAAGACCAAGCUACUGUGUGUGCUGAAGAAAGGUGUGAAGAGAAUCUCACGCCAGCGAUUCAGACAUGAACUCCGGCUGGGGGAAGUGGCUGGAUACCCCAUGGAGCACCUUCCUGUUGUCAUCUCUGAGGUGCUGGUGUGUGUGCUGUCCAGCGGUCUGAACCAUGAGGACUGGCCGCGGGUGGUGUCCGAUGACAUCCACAGGCACCUGGAGAAGCUGAGGAACAGGGUGGUGACGCUGAGAGGGCGCGCGGAGGGGCGGACCCUGCUGCCCCUGCCGCUGAGCGUGGAGAGGGCCCGGCACGAGGACAUGGAGCUCAGCCCCACUGGUUGGCCAUUGGACCGUGGCUUGCUAUACUCUAUAGAAACUCUGAUAGUUCAGUGGUCUGGACAGAUAUGGACCGUCCUGAAGAAAGACUCUGGUAUGCUGCUGCUCCGAGGAGACCACCCAGGCCCCAACGUGGAGCUCCAGUUUUGGACCACUCAAAGGGAAAACCUGCUGGGCAUCCAGUCACAAAUCCAGAGUCCUAAAACGGAGCACAUCAUGGAGAUCCUUAGAAGAGUCAAUAGCAGUUACUACUCCUCCUUCAACGAGAUCUGCAUUAAAGUCGAUGAGGCGGUGCUGGAGGCAGAGGACAUAGAUCUGUAUCUGCGUCCUCUGAGGAGAAUGAUCGGCAGCUUGGAGGAGAGGAGUAUCCCACAGGUAGACGCUCUACUGCCUCCUCUUUUCCACAUACUCUGUCUCAUCUGGAGCCAUUCUCAAUACUACUGCACUCCACAACGAAUGGUGGUCCUCCUGCAGGAGUUCUGCAACCUGGUCAUCGAAAAGGCCAUUGCCUACCUUAUCCCUGAAGAGCUGUUUAAGAUGGAGUUGGAGGAAGGGGUGGAGAGAGUCCAGAUAACCAUCUUAGUUCUGCGCACCUUCAAGAAGUUGUUUCACACUCACCGCCAGCGCAUCCCCCAGUACUACAGACACAGCCAGUUCGUCAAGCUGUGGGUCUUCCCGGCUGCGCUUGUGUUUCAGCGGUCGGACCGCAUCAUGGAGAGGCUGCUUAUGAUCGAGGAACUUUUUGCAACAGCGCUGGACUUUCUGAAACUGGAGAAGGUUGAACUGGGUGGAUCCAGAGGGAAAGUCCUGAGCGAGAUGGUCUUCAGCAUGAGCGAGGAGUUUCAUGACCGCUGGAGGGCCCUCAGAGAGAGCAAAUACGACCCCCUGGACUAUAGUAAUGAUGACUUUGUGCAUCACUACAGACGCUUCAUGGAGCAGAACAGGGACUUUGACCAGAGGCUUGGAACUGUCCUUAAACUGGCCUUCCAGCACUCCAAAAACCUGACGUCAACCUUUAAGUUGUUGAAGAUUUUCAGCACCCUGCUUGAGAGGCCCAUGAUCCACCAGCUGUUCUCUCCCAACUACAAUGUGUUGUUGGAUAUGUUUCACCAGGAAGUAGACUACUGCCAGUGUAUACUGGAUAAACACAGAGAUGGGCUGCGGUCAGGCUGUAUUGUCUUGGGGAAGAAUAUGCCGUAUGUGGCCGGGAACCUCAAAUGGUCCCAGGAGCUUCGGAUUCGCAUCCUCACCAACAGGAGCAACCUCAGCGAGCUGGCCAAUAUGCCUCUGGGGUCAGCUGAAGCAGACGACGUCCUCCAAAAGUGUCAGCAUGUUCUGGAGGUUUUGGACCAGCAUGAUGAGGAGCUGUUCUCAGAGUGGACUGAGGGCCUCCAGGAAAUCUGUGAAACCCACCUGAAGGACCCCCUGCUCACACUGGACGCUGACACAGGCCUGUUUCAGGUCAACUUCAGUACUGCAUUGACAUCAGUGUUGAGGGAGGUGAAGUAUCUGGGUAUGCUGAAGAACGAAAACAUUCCCAAAGCAGCUCUCCAUCUCUACUCCAAACGGGAGAGACUCUACAUGUACACACAGACACUGACUUUGGUGACCCAGUGGUACAACAAGCUGCACAGCACCAUCCUGGCGGUGGAGCUGGGGUUAGUGAAAGAUGAGAUGGAUGGGACAAGACGUCAGCUGGAGCCGGCCCUCCAGGAGCUGAGCUGGGCUCGAGACGACCUGUGGGACUACAUCCAGAUCACACGAGACCUGGUCAAGAGCAUUUCUAGUCGUGUCCAGACGAGUAAAGCUAAUGUGGAGGCCAUCCAGGCCCUCAUGGGGAAAUUCAGCCACCGUGCCUUCAUCACCAGAAAGAGCCUUGGAUCCACUCUCCUCCUCUUCUCUGACAUUGAAGAGAGUGUUUCCAAACAGCACGCUCUCAUCACCAGUACAGGGGAGGAAAUACACACUCUGCUGCAGGAGAGCGAGUCGCUGCUGGGUGUGGCAGACCUGAGCAGCAGUGAGUGGCAGGGCUACACAGACUAUGUGGACCGGAUGAUCCUGACAGGCUUCUCCAGUGCCGUGUGCUGCUCCCUGCAGUACCUCAUGGACAACACAGACGCAUCCCAGCGUAUCACACCGCUGUUCGAGGUCCAGCUGGUACUCAACAGCAACGAGAUGACCUUCGACCCCUCGCUGGACUCCAGCCAAAGCGGUAACUUCUAUGAUAUUAUGGAUAAGAUGGUGGCCAACAUCACCAACAUGGCGUCCUUCAUUCCCAGAGUGGCCAAGCAUAAACAGCUGGAUAACUAUCAGUGCGAUAUAAAUGAAAUGGAGGAUUUGUCAGAGAUGUGCCAUGUUAUCCGCUCACGGGCACGCGUAGCUAUUGCUAAGGUCAGAGAAUAUCAGGGAUCCUUUGCCAGCUACCGCUACCUCUGGACAGAUGACAGGUCUGAAUUCAUGAGGCAGUUCCUACUUUAUGGCCAUGUGUUAAGUACAGAGGAAGCGGAGCUGUAUGCUGACUACGAGCUGAAAAAGAAUCCACCCACCCUCGACAACUUCAAAGAACAGAUCAACCUGUUUGAGUCUCUGUAUGUACGAGUGAGCAAGAUGGAGGACAGGAGGGUGUUUUGUGGCUGGCUGCAGCUAGAUACCAGACCCUUCAAGCACACACUGAUGAAUGUCAUCAAGAGAUGGAGCUGGAUGUUCAAGGAGCACCUGCUGAACCACGUGAACCAGAGCGUGAGAGAAUUAUCCUCCUUUGUCCAGGACACGGCCAGUGGUCUUUCUGAAAAGGUGUCAGAUGGCGACUAUGCAGGCCUGGUGGACAUCAUGGGACACCUCAUGGCCAUCCGAGACAGGCAGAUCAGCAACGAUCAGCACUUCAAACCUCUGAAAUCCACUGCGGAGCUCCUCAAGACCUACGGACAGCAGCUGCCAGAGAGCGUCUACACGCAGCUAGAAGAGCUGCCCGAGAAGUGGAAUAGUCUGAAGAAAAUUGCAUUCACGGUUAAACAUGAAGUGGCGCCACUACAAUCCAAUGAAGUUUCAGUUAUUCGCAGGAAGUGUGUCCGGUUUGAGGUGAAGCAGCAUGAUUUCAGAGAACAGUUUCGUACCGAGUCCAUCUUUAGGAUCGAUGUGGAGGAGCAAUAUAAACUAAUUGAUAAGUCUAAUCGAGGAGUAGCAGUGAUGGAGGCAGAAAUGAAGAAGCUGCAGGACACAGCUGAUCUGUUUGAGGUCAGCUUCCCAGACUACAAGCAACUGUGCCAGUGUCGCUCUGACAUCAUACUGGUCAAAGCAGUUUGGGACAUGGUCAUCUUUGUGAAGACCAGUAUAGAAGAUUGGACCAAGACUCCAUGGAAGGAGAUCAACGUCGAGCAGAUGGACAUGGAGCUCAGGCGAUUUGCCAAAGAGAUGAAGAUGCUGGAUAAGGAGGUGAGGGCAUGGGACGUCUACAUAGGUCUGGAGUCGACUGUAAAGAACCUGUUGACCUCUUUGAGAGCCGUCAACGAGCUGCAAAACUCCGCUGUCAGAGAGAGACACUGGCAACAGCUUAUGAACACCACAGGGGUCAUGUUUGUUAUGGGGGAAGGCACCACCCUGGGGGACCUUUUGGAAUUACAGCUUCACCGUGUGGAGGACGAGGUCAAAAACAUAGUGGACAAGGCUGUGAAGGAAAUGGCUAUUGAGAAAGUUUUGGCCGAGAUAACCCAGACGUGGAGUGUCAUGUCGUUGUCUUAUGAGACUCACAGCAGCACAGGAACCCCUCUGCUCAAAGCCGAUGAGAAUCUGAUAGAAACACUGGAGGACAAUCAGGUGCAGCUGCAGAACAUCCUGAUGAGUAAGUACGUGGAGUAUUUCCAGGCGGAGGUGAGUGGAUGGCAGAAGAAGCUGAUGGUGGCCGACCUCGUCAUCUCGGCCUGUAUGUCCGUCCAACGCACAUGGGCCCACCUCAACAGCAUCUUCACCAACAGCCACGACAUCCGCUGCCAGCUGGCCAACGAUGCUGAACGCUUCCAGGGAAUUCACUCUGACUUCCAGACCUUGAUGACUGAGGUGGUGCAGAACAGUAAUAUGGUAGAGGUGACUAACCAGCCUGGCUUCCUGGAGAACUUGGAGACGUUGCAGCAGAGGCUGUCUGUGUGUGAGAAGGCCCUGGCCGAGUACCUGGAGACAAAGAGACUCACUUUCCCCAGGUUUUACUUUGUCUCUGCCUCAGACCUGCUGGAGAUUGUCUCCAAGGGGACACAGCCCAAACAGGUCACUAGACACUUGCUGAAGCUGUUUGACAACAUAGCAGAUCUUCGCUUUAAGGACUCAGGCGGAGGUGGAGGAGGAGAGGAAGACGGGGAGGCAGUUGCUAUAGGGAUGUUCAGCCGAGAGGGAGAAUAUGUUCCAUUCUUUGAGCCAUGUGUCUGCGAAGGACAGGCAGAGUGUUGGCUGAGUGCCUUGGAGAGCACCAUGCGCUGCACGGUCAGAAAGGAGAUCCAGGAGGCUGUAGCCGCCUAUGAGGACAAACCCAGAGACCAGUGGAUGUUCGACUACCCUGCUCAGGUAGGGUUGACUGGUAGUCAGGUGUGGUGGGCCACAGACGUGGGCAUUGCCUUUGAGAGAGUGGAGGAGGGAUUUGAGACAGCUCUCAAAGACUACAACAGGAAACAGAUCACACAGUUGAACUCACUGAUCCACAUGCUGCUUGGAGAUUUAACUCCUGGGGACAGACAGAAAAUUAUGACCGUCUGCACUAUUGAUGUCCAUGCUCGAGACGUGGUGGCUAAUCUCAUAACUCAGAAGGUGACAACCGGCCAGGCCUUUGCUUGGUUGUCCCAGUUACGCCACCACUGGGAUGACGAAACCAGACACUGUUACAUCAACAUCUGUGACGCCCAGUUCCAGUUCAGCUAUGAAUACCUGGGGAACACUAACAGACUGGUCAUCACUCCUCUAACUGACAGGUGUUACAUAACACUGACCCAGUCCCUCCAUCUGACUAUGAGCGGUGCCCCCUCAGGCCCAGCAGGCACCGGUAAGACGGAGACCACUAAAGAUCUGGGACGUUCCCUGGGCAUCAUGGUCUAUGUGUUCAACUGCUCAGAACAGAUGGACUACAAGUCCAUAGGAAACAUUUACAAAGGUCUGGCUCAGACCGGGGUGUGGGGUUGCUUUGAUGAGUUCAACAGGAUCUCAGUGGAGGUGCUGUCUGUGGUAGCUGUGCAGGUCAAGACUAUACAGGAUGCUGUACGCAACAAGAAGCAAAGGUUCCAUUUCCUGGGAGAAGAGAUUGAACUGAAGUCAACAGUGGGGAUCUUCAUCACUCUGAACCCUGGUUAUGCUGGCAGGGCCGAGCUCCCAGAGAAUCUCAAAGCUCUAUUCAGGCCCUGUGCCAUGGUGAUCCCAGACUUUGAGCUGAUCUGUGAGAUCAUGUUGGUUGCUGAAGGCUUCAUAGACGCUCGUCUGCUGGCAAGAAAGUUCAUCAGCCUCUACACUCUUUGUAAGGAGCUGCUGUCCAAACAGGAUCAUUAUGAUUGGGGUUUGAGAGCUAUCAAAUCAGUCCUGGUUGUGGCUGGGUCUCUGAAGAGAGAGGAACGCAGCAGACCUGAGGAACAGGUGCUGAUGCGGGCGCUGAGGGACUUCAACCUGCCUAAGAUAGUGACCAGUGACGUGCCGAUAUUCCUCGGGCUCAUCAGUGACCUGUUCCCUCAGCUGGACGUGCCCAGGAAGAGAGACCCCGAGCUGGAGAACGCUGUGCGCCAGUCAGUCAGUGAACUGCGCCUGCAGCCGGAGGAGAACUUCAUACUUAAGGUGACCCAGCUGGAGGAGCUGCUGGCGGUCAGACACUCUGUGUUUGUAGUAGGUGGACCAGGAACCGGAAAGAGCCAGAUCUUGAAGACUCUCCAUAGAACGUAUGCAAACAUGAAGAUGAAGACGGUUUGGAAUGAUAUCAACCCGAAAGCUGUGACCACAGACGAGUUGUUUGGAUACCUGCACCCUGCGACCAGAGAGUGGAAAGACGGUCUGUUCUCCUCUACCAUGAGAGAGCUCACCUCAGUGGGUCAUGAUGGACCCAAAUGGAUUGUUCUGGAUGGGGAUAUUGACCCUAUGUGGAUUGAGUCACUCAACACAGUCAUGGAUGACAAUAAGGUUCUGACUCUUGCCAGUAAUGAGAGGAUCAGUUUAUCUUCCUCGAUGCGUCUACUGUUUGAGAUUUCUCAUCUGAAGGCAGCAACUCCAGCUACUGUCUCCAGGGCAGGAAUACUCUUUGUCAACCCUCAAGAUCUUGGCUGGAGUUCGUAUGUGACAAGCUGGAUAGACACCAGACAGGCCCAAUCAGAGCGAGCCAACUUAACCAUUCUGUUCGAUAAGUACGUGCCGUACUGCCUGGAACAAGUGCGCUGCAACCUGAAAACCAUCACUCCCAUACCAGAGAGCAGCAUGGUGCAGACACUGUGUUCCUUGUUGGACUGCCUGCUGACAGAGGACAACACUCCUCCUGACUCACCGCGAGAACUUUAUGAGAUCUACUUUGUCUUCGCUUGUGUCUGGGCCUUUGGAGGGGCCCUCUUCCAGGACCAUCUGAAUGACUACCGUGCAGAAUUCAGCCGCUGGUGGUCUAAAGAGAUGAGGGCAGUGAAGUUUCCUUCCCAGGGCACUGUCUUCGACUAUUUCAUUGACUCUGAGACAAAAAAGUUUACCCCUUGGAGCGAGAAGAUGUUGCCCUUUGAGCUAGAGCCUGAGGUACCAUUACAGACUGUGUUGGUCCACACUCCAGAAACCCUUUGUCUGACCUACUUCAUGGACCUGCUGCUCCACAGAGGAAAACCUAUCAUGUUAGUGGGCAACGCAGGAGUGGGUAAAACCAUCCUGGUGUCAGACAAAGUAGCCAAGCUGAAGGAGGACUUCAUAGUGGCUAAAGUCCCCUUCAACUACUACACCACAUCGGCCAUGCUGCAGCGUGUCCUGGAGAAACCCCUGGAGAAGAAAGCUGGUCGUAAAUUUGCUCCCCCCACCGCUAAGAGACUCAUCUACUUCAUAGACGACCUCAACAUGCCAGAGGUGGAUGUUUAUGGGACCGUCCAGCCGCACACACUCAUACGACAGCACCUCGACUACAACCACUGGUAUGACAGACAACGCCUGGUCCUAAAGGAAAUACAUAACUGCCAGUACAUCACCUGUAUGAACCCAACAUCAGGGAGUUUCUCUAUCAACCCCAGACUACAGAGGCAUUUCUCAGUGUUUGCAGUACAUUUUCCCAGUGCUGAUGGAUUAGCCACCAUCUUCUCCAGCAUCCUGUCAGCUCAUUUCCUGCAGGGAGGAUUCAGCUACGGGGUCUCUCGCUCAGUGGGGACCCUCAUGCAGGCAGCUAUCUGUCUGCACCAAAAGAUCAGCCAGAACUUCCUCCCCACAGCGAUACGCUUCCACUACAUCUUCAACCUGCGAGACUUGUCUAACAUUUUCCAGGGUAUCCUGUUUGCCCUGCCGGAGAGUAUCCGUUACCCCACAGACCUGGUGAACCUGUGGCUGCAUGAGAGCUCCAGGGUCUACUCCGACAAACUGAUGGAAGAGAAAGAUGUGGAACUCUUCACCAAAAUCCUGCUGGACACUGGCAAGAGAUAUUUCGAGAAACUCGCUUUANCAGACCCCAACGGGACAGGGACAUGGAGUGGCGAGGACCCCCGGCAGGAGGAUUAG